AUGGCUCCCAACGAAAGUCUUCAGGUUGUGGGGAUCAUCCAUUUGCUGAAACAUUUUGGAUGGACGUGGGUUGGCCUCUUAAUUCUGGAUGACAACAGCGGGGACAAUUUCCUUGAAGCUCUGGAUCCGCUUCUUUCUGAGAACAGGAUCUGCGCUGCUUUUGUGGAGAGGUUUCCCAAACAAGCCCUUUUCUUUAUGUUUGAAGGUGAUAUUGUCUAUAGGAUACAAUUUUAUUUGAACCACCUCAUUGUGAACACCUUUGUCUUCUACGGAGAAUGUCUCACAGCAAUCCUUCUGUUUACCUUCAUGAAAUAUAUCGACAUCAGCCGUGGGAAGAUGUGGAUUCUAACAGCUCAGAUGGAUGUCGUGUUAACAAGUCUUCACCGCCCCUCAGAUCUGCAGGUCUUUGAUGGAGCCAUUUCCUUUGCUAUUCAUUCCAAGGAACUGCCGAGGUUCAAGGAUUUCCUCAGGACCACCAAACCAUUCCAGACGCAACGAGAUAGUUUGUUGAAAGAAUUCUGGGAACAAGGGUUUGAUUGCUUCUUUUCAGGGAGUAAUAAACCAGUGGGAAAUGAUGAGGCAUGUACUGGGAAGGAAGAGCUAAAUCACCUUCCCUGGAACUUAUUUGAAAUGACUGGCCACAGCUACAGCAUCUACAAUGCAGUCCAUGCUGUAGCACAUGCUUUUCAUGGCAUGAUUAAGUCUAAACACAGAAGAGUAGCAGGGAGCUCAAGGGUCAAACUUCAAGAUCAAGGCAUCUGGAAGCUUCACCAGUUCCUUCAAGGCCUUUCAUUCAAUAAUUCCCUUGGAGAAACGGUGUCCAUCAACCAUCAUGGAGAAGUGCUUUCUGGAUUUGCUAUUGUAAAUGUGGUCAUGUUUCCAAACAAUUCAUACUGUAAAGUUAAAAUUGGAAAGAUGGAUCCCACAGCCUACAAAGGGAACAAAUUUGUAAUUCAGGAACAUUUAAUGGUGUGGCCCAAAUAUUUUAAGAGGGUCUUGCCCCGUUCAGUGUGUAAUGAUCCAUGUCCUGCUGGCUACCAGAAGAAAAAGAAAGAAGGAGAAAAAUUUUGCUGCUAUGAUUGCGAUCCAUGUUCUGAUGGGAAGAUGUCAAACAUGUCUGAUACGAUUGCCUGUUCUGAAUGUCCAGAAGAUCAAUAUCCAAGUAAGGACAAAGUUCAAUGCAUCCUCAAAAACAUAACGUUUCUAACUUUUGAAGAACCUUUAGGGAUCAGUUUAGUUGUGGUUGCUGUUUUAUUUUCGAUCAUUACCAUGUUCACUCUUGGAAUAUUUAUCAAGUAUAAAGACACGCCUAUUGUCAAAGCGAACAACAAGGACCUCACCUACACUCUCCUCAUCUCCCUUCUGCUUUGCUUCCUCAACUCUUUUCUUUUCAUUGGAAAACCUCUCAAAGUAAUUUGCUUCCUCCGACAAUCAGUCUUUGGCAUUAUCUUCUCUGUGGCCAUUUCUUCUGUGUUGGCCAAAACCAUCAUGGUCAUUGCUGCAUUCAUGGUCAUCAAACCAGGGUCUGGCAUGAGAAAACGGUUGGGCAAAAGACUGUCCUUCUUAAUUGUUUUUUCUGCGUCCUUCAUUCAAGCAGGCAUUUGUCUGGCAUGGAUGAUCAGUUCUCCUUCCUUUCCAGAACUUAACAUGCGAUCAAUGACUGAAGAGAUCAUAGCAGAAUGUAACGAAGGGUCUGUUGUGAUGUUUUAUCUUGUCUUGGGUUACAUGGGGUUUCUGUCUCUGGUCAGCUUCAUGGUGGCUUUCCUGGCAAGGAACCUGCCCGACACAUUCAAUGAAGCCAAGUUCAUCACUUUCAGCAUGCUGGUGUUUUGCAGUGUUUGGUUGUCUUUUGUUCCCACCUAUUUGAGCACCAAAGGAAAGUAUAUGGUAGCUGUGGAGAUCUUCUCCAUCUUAACUUCCAGUGCUGGGUUAUUGGGAUGUAUAUUUUUCCCCAAAUGCUACAUUAUUCUGUUGAGGCCUGAGCUUAACAGCAAAGAGCAACUUGUAAAGAAAAAGCAUAUCUGA